CAACAACAACAACAACAACAACAACAACAACAACAACAACAACAACAACAACAACAACAUGACGACCCUCAUUCUAAAAAACGAACUCGCGUAACACCUACUCAACUUUCAAUAUUGGAAGAUACUUUCUCUAUGAGUGCCACCCCUGAUAGCAAAAUGCGUAAACACCUAGCUCAAAAACUUCAAAUGCCUGAACGAUCUAUUCAAAUAUGGUUCCAAAAUAGACGUGCAAAAGUCAAAAUGCUUCAACGAAGAGCUCUUUUACGUGAGGAACAAGAAGUGGCAAGAGCAAAAUUAUAUGCUGAAGCUGCAUCUCAACAACACCAUACAACAACUCAUUCACCUUAUUGGUAUGGUCCAACUUCUCUCUCUGGUUUCCCACCACCACCUCCACCUCCUCCUUCUUCUAUUUUUCCUCCUCAAACCAAAUUACCUAUACAACGUGCUUGGAGUACCGAUCCUACACGAUCAUCUUUUAUUCGUCCUUAUCAUUCUAUUUACAACAACAACAACAACAACAAUAUAUCUGGAGAAAUGAAAGAAUCUUUUUAUCAUAUGUCUCCUUCACCAACUCCUCAUCCUAUGGUUGAUUUAGAAAAUGAUACAUUCAAAUCAUUUCAAGAUACACCUACAACAUUUAUUGAAAAUAACUUGACACCUAGUGAUGUGACAACGGGAAUUAUUAAUGCAAAUGCAGUCACCAUUGGUACAUGGCAUCGAAUGAAAAUGAAUCAACAAGAUCUUUUAUGUUGUUUUCAACUUUCCGAAAGAACAUUUGAAUGGCAUAUUAGAGACAGUAAUUAUCAUUUUAAGAUGGUGAUAUCUUUUGAUCUCGUACAAUCUUUGGAUAUUACUCUUUUGGACAAUGGUAUCUUUGCUCAAAUGGAUAUGGAAUUGACUGAACCACCUCUUUUCUUUAUGGAAAAUAUGGAUGAUUUGACUUGGAUUCAAUGUAGUGAUUUUACUGAAGGUAUGCAAGCUACUUGUCAUUUACAUCAUACUCUUCGUGGUUUGGCUUCCGAUCUUCGUCAAGAAUUAUUAGGUAUGAUUAGUAUGGAUCAACAUUUAUGCCAAGUCAUUCGAUUUCCCAUGACAGAUCUCUCAACAACAACAUUACAACAAGAUAUUUCUUCUUUGGACCCUUCAUCUCUUAUGUCAUGGCGUCAUCAAAGUCUUCCUUUAAAUAUGAAGGAUUUUGAAUGGUCUUCUUCUUCUUUUUAGAUUUAUGAUAUUAGUUUUAUUUAUUUAUUUAUUU